GUGCGCGCUUUCUGCGGGGAUGAGCGGCGCGUCAGGACGAAGAGGAGGGAGGCAAAAAAAAAAUAAAACACACACACAAGCGAGCUUCAAGACGGGGUGAGGUCUCUCUCAGUCAGCAAAGAUAGAAAACUAACCACAGCGGAGGUUUUAUUUUCUGACAAGAAGUGAGGAGUCCGGCUGUGCACGAGGACGCGUCAGCUCGGUGUGUUUUGGUUUUUGUCUCUCUCUCUCUCUCCCGGUGAAGAAAAACAAGACUCGUCAGAUCUACCGGGGAUGGAGAGCCAGCGCUGACGGAGAUCCCCGAGCUCCCCUGAUAACAACAGGUCCCUGAAGUCCCCUUCAUUCCAUUUGCAAAAUCUUGAAGCACCAGGACUGAGACCUGGAGCCGAGACGAUCAAGCAUGGAUGUGCCCAGGAUGGCAGAGGGCCUCUUCAGCAGCACGCUGUCCUCGUCGGGGGGCGGCCAUCACGUGCCUUCCUACCUGACGCUGGAGCAGAAGGCCGCCUUCGUCUUCGUGCUGCUGCUCUUCAUCUUCCUGGCGCUGCUCAUCGUGCGCUGCUUCCGCAUCCUGCUGGACCCGUACCGCAGCAUGCCGUCGUCCAACUGGACUGACCACACCGAGAAAGACACGUUCGAUUACCGCAUCGUUUGAGGAGAGGCGGUGGGGGGGGGGGGUGGGGUCAAGGACUGAUCUGAUGAUUAAAAUGCACUUUGACCCUCAGAUCCAAUGACUGCCGACUCACCAGGAAAAUGAAGCUGUCAGAAUAUCUUCUGAAGCGCCAAGACUCGUCAAAAUGAUCGCCAACCAUCAGCUUCUCCCUGCCAAAUCAGAGAAUUCUCAACUUCAGAACGACAACCAAAACUAUGAAGAUGAAUCAAUCAACCCACCGACGUCAGAGUUACCCAUAGUCCCCUUCCCCGGCCAUCAGUUCUCUUGUGGACUACCUCGUACCUCCUCCAUCUCAUGUGCGGAACGAGUUUUAUCACACAGGGUCGAAAAUAUCCUUUCCACUCCAAGACGCUUGGAUAAAAACAGAGUUUACAUCUCGUCAUGUUUACGUCCUUAUAUUUUCUAUCGAUAAUGUAGACAAUCAGUGUUUGACUUAGUUUGUGAAAAAACAAAAAAACAAUCCGCAGAGUAAAGCGUUGAGCUUGUUGAGGUCUUUUGUCUUUCUUGGUUUACAGACACGGGAGACUUUAAAUGUGUAAAAAAAACGUUCAGGCAAAGAUGAAUUAAAUGCCUUAUGUCCUUGUAAGAUACUCCACGGCGGCGGUCGUUUCUUUCUAGACGGCGAGGUAAGAGCAGGUAAAUAAUCAGAAAAAGAAAAAAAAAAAAGCAGGAAACCAGGGUGGAAAAGUUCUCCCUUUAAUGCUCUGGAAAGUUUGGGAUGGAUCGAUGCCAGCAGCGAGUUACUUUAACCGUUGUGGGUGUGUGUGUGUGUGUGUGUGUGUGUGUGUGAGAUUUAAAAAAAACAACAACUUGUCCUUUCGGUCUCCGAGGGGACCUGCGGUGUCCACGUCUUUAGAUGUCAACAACCAAAAGAGUCACUGAAGAAAAUACAAGUUUACUGUGCUGUACCUUGUGCCUAAUUUGAGAAAAAAAAAAAAAAAAGAUGUUUUCUGAAAAAGGAAAGAAAAAUGGGUCCACCCUUCCGUCUUUAAAUGUAGUUUUUUUUUGUGUGUGUGUUUGGUGCCCAUUUAAAAAAUAAAAAAAACAGCAUUUACUGCCUGCGGUUGGUAUAUUGACAGUUGGUAUGCCCGAUCUGCAGAGUGUUGGUGAUGAAGAUAAUGCAUCUUCACAUCGCACCCCUUUAUGAACUGGUGUUGUGGCUCUUUCUUUGGGAACAUUUUCAACUGUGCGCCUUAUAGUGUAGAUUGUUUACAGUAUCGUAGGUAGCAGAGACGCCGCUGAAGUGACUGUGUCUUUGCACUUCACGGAGAUGUCAUAGAAAUCAAGAAUAAAGAAGAAGAAGAAGAAAAAAAAAAAAAGUCCCCUGCUCUUGUUCCUGCCGGGACAGGAAGUCAACUCUGAUCCUUUCAAUGAAAAUGUGGCGUUCUUGUGAUCUGCUGUGGCCUUUUCCUACCUAUUGCAGAUGUUGUGCCGAGGUGUGCUGUGUGUGUUUUUUAUUUAUUUUUGUUUUGUUUUUUCAGCAUGUAUUUCUUGCAGAGUCUCGUCUCUGUGCAUGAUAAAUGGUGAAGUGCUUUCAUCCUGAUGUCGUAGCUGUGGGUCAGUUGCUCAAGCAGCUAUUUCCUGUCUGUAAUGAAACCUUUUCGGUUCGAUCUGUUUUUCUCGCCUGGAGCCUCUGUUCUGUUUUCUAAUAAAAAUGAUCAGAGUGCA